GAGGGGAGGUCGAAGUGGGCACCUUCCUAGCAAGAUUUUCUUUGCACAAAGCUUGCAGAGAGAGAAAUCUUUAGAGCUUAAAGCCACUCUUUAAUCCAGCCCCAGUUUUAUUCUCUCUCUCUCUCUCCAACCCAUCAUCUCUCACAAACACGCCAACGCAGCGAGCGAGUGAUCGAGAAGGGAAUUAAAUUCCAAGACACCGCGGGCUCUCGCUCAUGGCCGCCAUCAUGGCCUCCAUAACCAGCGAGCUCCUUUUCUUCCUCCCCUUCAUCCUCCUGGCCCUGCUCACCUUCUACACCAGCGCCGUGGCUAAAUGCCAUGGCCUCCACCGGUGGAGCGGCCGGACGAAGAAGAGGCGGCCGAACCUGCCGCCCGGCGCCGUCGGCUGGCCCUUCAUCGGCGAGACCUUCGGGUACCUCCGCGCCCACCCGGCCACCUCCAUGGGCCAGUUCAUGGACCAGCACAUCGCACGGUACGGGAAGAUAUACCGGUCGAGCCUGUUCGGGGACCGGACGGUGGUGUCGGCGGACGCGGGGCUGAACCGGUACAUCCUGCAGAACGAGGGGCGGCUGUUCGAGUGCAGCUACCCGCGGAGCAUCGGCGGCAUCCUGGGGAAAUGGUCCAUGCUGGUGCUCGUCGGCGACCCCCACCGCGAGAUGCGGUCCAUCUCCCUCAACUUCCUCAGCUCCGUCCGCCUCCGCGCCGUGCUCCUCCCGGAGGUGGAGCGCCACACCCUCCUCGUCCUCCGCGACUGGCUGCCUUCCUCCUCCUCCGCCGUCUUCUCCGCCCAGCACGAAGCCAAGAAGUUCACGUUUAACCUGAUGGCGAAGAACAUCAUGAGCAUGGACCCCGGCGAGGAGGAGACGGAGCGGCUGAGGCUCGAGUACAUCACGUUCAUGAAGGGGGUGGUGUCCGCGCCCCUCAACUUCCCCGGCACGGCCUACUGGAAGGCCCUCAAGUCGCGAGCCACCAUACUUGGAGUAAUAGAGAGGAAAAUGGAGGAAAGGCUUGAGAAAAUGAACAAGGAGGCCUCGAGCAUGGAAGAAGAUGAUCUUCUCGGGUGGGCAAUGAAGCAAUCCAAUCUUUCAAAAGAGCAAAUAUUGGACCUCUUGCUGAGCUUGCUCUUUGCCGGGCAUGAGACAUCGUCAAUGGCGCUCGCCCUCGCCAUCUUCUUCCUGGAAGGUUGCCCUAAAGCUGUCGAAGAACUGCGGGAGGAGCAUCUUGAGAUUGCUAGGAGACAGAAGCUGAGAGGGGAGUGCAAACUGAGCUGGGAAGACUACAAAGAGAUGGUUUUCACGCAAUGCGUUAUAAACGAGACCUUGCGGCUAGGCAACGUGGUCAGGUUCCUGCACCGGAAGGUCAUUCGAGAUGUGCACUACAAUGGGUAUGACAUCCCGAGCGGAUGGAAAAUUCUGCCGGUGUUAGCGGCGGUGCAUCUCGACUCGUCGCUGUACGAGGAUCCCAGCAGCUUCAACCCUUGGAGAUGGAAGGGCAACGCAUCCGGCGUGGCGCAGAACAGCAACUUCAUGCCCUACGGCGGCGGCACCAGGCUCUGCGCCGGGUCGGAGCUCGCCAAGCUCGAGAUGGCCAUCUUCCUGCACCACCUGGUGCUCAACUUCCGGUGGGAGCUCGCCGAGCCGGACCAGGCGUUCGUCUACCCGUUCGUCGACUUCCCCAAGGGCCUGCCCAUCAGGGUCCAUAGGAUUGCACAGGAGGAAGAAGGAGAAGAGUAAAGCGUUUUGACCGUGGACAUAUAUGAUCGGUGCUUCAGUCUAGCGUCUAGGGGAGAGUAUACAGAGGAAAUGUACACAUGUCCGUCCUUGUUUUCUUUCCCUUUGGGGUUUGUGUUAUGUAGAUGGGAUAAACAAAGAUGCUAGGGUAUUACCAUAAGAGGAAAUGUUGGUAGGAUCAGCAAGUAGAGUUGUAAUAAGGCCGGCCCACAGCCCACUAGUAAGUGAUUCCAAAGAGUAGGCCUAGCGGUCUUGCUA